AUGGCCGCAUCCGCCCCCCCUCGUCCGACUGCUUCACUUGACGAAGACGAAGAGACGGCUGAUGAAGUCCUUGGGAGACUUCUACCCCUCGAAGUCGCCUGGCGCGACCGACAGGUCUUUCUCCAGACGCGCGGGUACAUGUUGCGACCUCGCCUACGCCCGGGAUGGGUACCCUCUUGGAGAACCACCAACGUCCCGAUAAUCCAUACAGAAGACCAUAUCCCUCUUCCGGAGCGUAAGCAUCUGGUAGACGCGACCCGCGUCGACGACGGCAAACUGGUCUACAUCAAGCGCGUCAAGACGGGUGAUCAAGAGUCGACUAUCCUCAACCUUUUGAACGCGCCAGACAAACGUGCCGACCCUCGAAACCAUGCAGUGCCUAUCCUGGACCAGUUUCAAGACGAUGUGGACCCGUCUAUAUCUUACAUCGUGAUGCCUUUCCUUCGACCACUCCAUCGGCCACCCCCUGAACGGGUCAGGGACUGUAUCGAUAUGGUCACUCAGUAUCUAGAGGGACUGGUCUUUCAACAUGAAGUAGGAGUGGCACAUCGCGACUGUUCUCUCAAGAAUCUGCUCGUAGACGCCUCCGCGCUCUACCCCAACGGGCACCACCCAAUCAAACUGGAGUUCUCUUCCGACUACCGCAAGGUCGUGCGCCCCCUACCACGCUCGAAACAUGGUGUGCGGUACUACUAUGUUGACUUUGGCAUCUCAUCGCAUAUCCCUCCCAAUUCAUCGUCUGCAUCCAAUUUGGUCACGGGUGUCUUCGGGCGCAACCAGAAUGUGCCGGAGUUGUCGGAUAGUGUGCCGUACGAUCCGCUCAAGGUGGAUAUCUUCAGCAUGGGACAGGUCUUUGAGGAACUCUUCACAAAGACGUACUCCAACACGCAGUUCCUGAAACCGCUGAUACAAGCCAUGACCGCGCAGGACCCUGCUGCUCGACCGACGGCCGCGGAGACACUUGCGAAAUGGAACGCGAUAUCGAAACCGGGGCGGUAUGGACGCGCCUUGCGGCUGAGGAGACGGGACGAGCCGGCGCUGGUCAGCCCGAUUGUUGGGCUGUUUGAUAGGAUUGGGGCUGUUUCUGCGUUGUUCUCUUGA